AUGCCCAAGGAUUCUAAAGAAUAUGAAGAAGAAGAAGAAGAAGAUGGUCAAUAUGUUGAAGAGUGCCACCAAGAACAAAAGCCAGCAAAUGAAGACUUUAAUGACUUCUGCAAAAUUAUACUCAAUGAUGCACCUGAGGGAGAAGAACAAAUUCAUCAACAAACACUUGAGAAACUUCAAACUGAGAACAACAAUUUGCAACUAGACAAUACAGUGAAGACCAUCUACAUAAAUAAACUUGAAGAGGAUAAUAGGCUACUCACAGCACAAAUACAACAAUUGAAAGAUGAAAAUUCUCGAUUGCAUAACCAAUUGGUUGAAAAAGAGGUCCAUGAGAUAACCCAAGAAGUUUGUGCAGUAAAACAUUCUGGGACAGAUGCAAAGAAUGAAGGUCAUACAAUAAACGAUGAAAAUUCUCAAGUGCUACCGAAAGAGGUCCAUGAAAUUUCUGAAGUGGUGGACAAAGAGCUUCAUCAGAAAGAGGUCCAUGAAAAUUUUGAAGUUGUGGACAAAGAGCUCCAUCAGAAAGAGGUCCAUGAGAUAACGCAACAACAUUUUGCAACAAAACAUUGUGAGAAAAAUACAAAUGUGAAAGAUUGUCAAAAUUCUCAGUUACAGAAUCAGUUACUAGAGGAAGAAGUCCAUGACUUAACCCAACAAGUUUGUGCAAUAAAAGCCGAUGAUCUGACAGAAUCAAAACAAACAAAUCUACAGAAUUCCAUGAUUAAAAAUAUCAAAGCUAAAGCAAGGAAGACUACUGAGGUGUCAGAUUAUGAGUAUAGAGGCAAGAAAGUUAAAGUUGAGAAAGAAAAGGAACACAAAGAUGAGACAAUUUCAAAUAAGUAUGUUGUGGCUUAAUUGCUACCUCCUGAAGAUAAAUAUAAACUACAAAUUCUUUGGAAAGAAAAGCAAACAGAAUCAAGUGCUUGUAUAUGGUUUGGUGCAAGAUAUGAAAAUUGUGUGUUUAUUAAUGAUAUCAAGAACUUGGUAAAAGGGACAGACAUAUCUAGCUGUGUACAUAUAAUAUUUGUAAUAUUUUAACACUGAAAAACUUCUCAUAAAUUUGUUAACAUCACUUUUGUGUUUCAAUUUGAUAGACAAUUGAUACAUAUGCUGAGAUUCUUCAAAGAGAACCACAAACACAGAAUUCUGGUGAUGGAGC